AUGGCUCCGAGCUUCAACAACCGAAGAAUUGCUCUCGCUCUUCGCAUUUUCCUUCUCCUCUCCUUCUUCUUUAGCUUCUCAUCCACCUUCGCUCAGGAUUCGCUCUUGCAGAACGUGAAGGACGAUUCCGGCGGAUCUGUGGAUUUCGGUCGCCGCGGCAAAAUGGCGUUGAAUGAUAUAGAGAAUAGUUCGGUCUUUUCUCUUGGCUUGGAAUCCUCUGGUCCUGGACUCUUCGAUGCCUUUUUUGCGAGUCUAUCGAUGAUCAUUGUCAGCGAGAUCGGGGAUGAGACGUUUAUAAUAGCAGCUCUUAUGGCUAUGCGUCACCCUAAGUCAAUUGUCUUAUCUGGUGCGCUUAGUGCCCUGUUUAUAAUGACAGUACUUUCUACUGGGCUAGGCAGGAUUGUGCCAAACUUGAUUUCUAGGAAGCAUACAAAUAGUGCCGCUACAGUUCUUUAUGCUUUCUUUGGGUUAAGGUUACUAUACAUUGCAUGGAGAUCAACAGAUUCAAAAUCCUCACAGAAGAAAGAAAUGGAAGAAGUUGAAGAAAAACUGGAAGGUGGACAAGGGAAAACUACAAUUCGACGUUUCUUUUCAAGAUUUUGUACACCAAUUUUUUUGGAGUCCUUUAUUUUAACAUUCCUUGCUGAGUGGGGUGAUCGUAGCCAGAUAGCAACAAUUGCUCUGGCGACCCACAAAAAUGCACUGGGAGUAGCAGUUGGGGCCACUAUAGGACACACCAUCUGUACCUCCCUGGCAGUGGUGGGAGGAAGCAUGCUGGCAUCCAAAAUUUCCCAACGCUCAGUAGCCACUGUUGGUGGCUUGCUCUUCCUCGGAUUUUCCGUAUCUUCUUACUUCUACCCACCCCUAUGA